AUGAUUAAUUACAUAAUAUAAUUUGAAGAUGAACUUAUUGUUAAGAAAACUCAAAUUUAGUAAUUUCUUAAUUUAAUCCUUAAGAUAUUAGGUAGUUAAAAUUAGAAAUUAAUUGAUUACUUAUUUGAAUUUCCUGAAGAAGAAAUUUAAAAUGAAAAUUUAUAAAUACGCCAAGGAUUAUACAACUAACUCUUAUCUUUCUUGGAUAAUGACUUACUGUAUGUUACUUCUGCAGGUUAUUUUGCAAAAGUUUUCAUAGCAUUAAUUAAGAAAAGAGGUCUUGAUGUAUGACAUAUCAAAAUAUUUAGGUUUGGACAACGAUCAUAAAAAACAAAGCGAUUCUUUCAAAUUUAAUAAAACCCAUAGAUAUUAAGCAUAUAUAGAUACAUCAUGAGAAAAUUAUGAAGAGAAAUUCUUUGAAGAAAAUAAUUAUUGGAAAGAAUAAUUAAAUUAUUAUAACGUAAAUCUUAUUAUACAGAGAUAGUUGA